AUGGAAUCCUUCAAAGUCCCGUCCGUCACGCUGUUUCGCGGCUUCCCCGAGACCGGGUGUUACACCUGGUCUCCCUUUGUCACCAAGUUAGAAGCCCGUCUGCGCUUCUCCGGAGUGCCAUACUCGGUCGAACAGGGCUCCGUGCGCCUCGCCCCCCGCGGGAAGAUCCCUUACGUGGCGGUUGCGGAUAGCGACGACCCCUCGGGGGGCAGCACACCGCGGUUUAUCGGCGACUCGACCCUGAUCACUAAGACGCUGAUGCAUGGUGGUGUGCUGGCGGACCUGGAUGGCCACCUUCCGCUGACGGAGAAACUCAACGAUCUGGCGCUGAAGGCCUUGUUGGAGGACAAGCUGUAUUUCUACCAGUCCCACGAAAAGUGGAUUCGGAACUUCUACACCAUGCGCGGCAAGAUCCUGGCCGACCUGCCCUGGCCCCUGCAGGUGCUCGUGGGCCAUCUGAUCUACCGUAAAAGCACGCGCACACUGCAGGGCCAAGGGACUCUGACCUUCUCGGACGACGAAAUUGCCGUCUUCCGACUGGAAAUCUGGGAGAACCUCAAUGCCACCGCCGUGGCUGCCCGGUCGAAGAGCAGCAAUCCCGAGGCGCCCUUUUGGAUCUGGGCCGGCGAGACGCCCACCGAGGCCGACGCCGUCCUCUUUGGAUUUAUCACCUCGGGGCUGGUUUGCUACGCGUACGUUACCAGACUCUUCUCUCUCAUCAACAGUCUGUUCUAA